CACGUUAGUUGAAGCGGAAUGAAUUUCCAACAUCAAAAAGAAAUGAAAGACGAUCCGUUAAAACUUGUGUACGUACUAGGAUAUAAGAUGUUUCAGAACGAACGCGUUAAGUUAAUUUUAAAAUUUUUACUGUGCAUGAUUUCUCUGAUUUUAAGCGUCCAGACUUGUUUCUUCGUGUCGUCACCAGAUGUUUUAAAAUUAAUUAAAUAUGGCCUUAGCUUUUGCCAAAUGGCUUAUGCAGCCUUUGUAAUAUUCUUACAUUUAUACAAAAACAAGUGGAUUGACGACAUCAUGAAUUAUUUUCCACUUUGGGACAUCGACACAGCUGGCGAUACAAUCACAAACAAAAUUAAAAAGGAAUCGAAAUUUAUUAAAUAUUACGUAAUUUCGAACACUAUAUCGUGUCAAUUUUGGGUCAGUCUAAUGAUGUACUCCCAGUUGACUAACCUUCCACACAGAAGUGAUGGUCGAAAUCCAUGCUACUAUAUGUUAUCAUUAAUAGUUUACGUGAUAAACUUUGCUAUGUUAGGUCAUACAUAUCAAUUUCUGUAUGUAACCCAACAAGUGAAAUUUCAAAUGUAUUUAUUCAACAAGUACGUCGAGGAAGUUUGUCGUAUGGAUGAAGAAGAAACAGAGGAAGAAAGAUUAGUGGAUGAUCAAAGAUACCAAGAGGAAGUCAGACUCAGACUUACUCUACUCGUUAGAAGACAUUGCGAAUUUAAGAGAUGGAGAACCAUGUGUCUGGAUGUAAUACGCAACUUUAUAAUACCAUUUAGUGUAGGGGCUGGCGUUCUUUUAUUUAUGGACCUGUAUUCUUUUUUGACUAGCGAUCAGUCAUCGGUCAUGGAUUUAUGGUGCAACGCUCUUUUUACCCUCCAAGCGACAUCCGCGUUUAUAUCCACAAUAACUGCAGCCGAAACUUUACAAGACGAAUCUGAUAAUACGUUCACCACACUUAUGCUAACAAAAUGGUACAAUUUUAAUUGCGAAAAUAGAAAAUAUUUUCUAAUCAUGUUGGGCAACAGUUUGAAACCUAUAAACCUUAGCUUUUCAGCUGAGAUUGCUAUAGACUACCGCCUAGGAAUGGCUAUUGGCAAACUGGUAUACUCGGGAGUUUCAGUUUUCUUUUAAGAAUAAUCGUGACAGCUCGUUUUUGUCAUUUAUGUUCUCACGAUAUUAUUUAAAUUCACCACGGACCCGGUUAUUUCAUUCAAGCAAGACUUCUAUCACCUAAGACCAAGUGAAUGCAAAUAUUCCGACUACGCCACUUUCACGACCCAGAUGCUCGUUAUGAAUUAAAAUAAACAUUUUAUUACAGACGACUGUUUCUGCUCGUCGACGAGUCUUUCAAGACCGCCGAAGGAAGAAAAUGUUGAUUUGUAGAGAUAGUGUUACAGUAUAAUUACAACUCAGUAUGUAUAAUUUUCGAGCAAAGUAGAAUUAUUCUCAAAAUUGGAGUUUUUUUCGUGAACCUGCCCUUUAAAAAAACAAAAAAAUUUCAGUAUUGAAAAGGUAAAUCUAG